GGGGGCCCCCAAUUUCUCUUUCUCUCUCUCUCUCUCUCAUACACACACUAAGUUGCAGUGACCGAUAUAUAUAGAGGGAGAAUUGAGGAGUGAUUUAUAUACAAGCAGAUUGAUAUGUCAGAGUAAGAGAAGUUGUUGAAGGGAGUAUCGGUUGAUGCACAAAAACUGGAAGGUUCCAAUUAGGGCACUUUUUAAAGAAGACUGUUGCGGAUUCGAAUGCUCCAGUGCAAGAGAAAGCUUUAGAUGCUUUAAUUGCGUACUUAAAAGCUGUCGAUGCUGAUGCUGGAAGGUAUGCGAAAGAAGUAUGUGAUGCGACUGUGGCAAAAUGCCUGACGGGUCGGCCCAAGGCAGUGGAGAAGGCGCAGGCAGUGUUUAUGCUCUGGGUAGAGUUGGAGGCUGUUGAGGUAUUCCUGAGAACGAGAGCAAGACAAAGAGAGAUAGAUCGUCUGAGGUCUGAUGUGGCAGAGCAAAGUGGUGAUAUUUCACGAUCUAUAGCUGGCCCAAUCAUUAGGGAGAAUUAUGGUCAUUCUGAGCGUCAGAUGGAUAGACAUCCAAUGCCCCGGACACUUGCUGGUGCAAUUGGCCCCACGGACUGGAAUGAAGCUCUGCAUGCUAUUGUUAAUGGUUCUCCUGAGCAGUCUGUUGAAGGAAUGAAGGUUGUGUGCCAUGAUCUAGCACAGGCAACCAGUGGUCCCAAAGGCAGUGCUAUGGAUGAUAUUGUCAAAGAUGCAGAUCAUCUUGUUUCUUGCUUGGCAGAUAAGGCCAGAACAGAUCCAAUUGCCAAGACUUUUGACUUUAGUCUGACUGGUAGCCCAUGGUGUCAAGGAGAGUACCCUCGAAGUCUUAUUACUGAACUCCUGGUUUGGCUUUUUGAUGAAAGGGUUCCCAGGAUGGAUGAUGGCAGCCAACUUCGGCAAGCUUUGAAUGUUUUGAUGCUGAAGAUCCUGGAUAAUGCGAAACGAACCUUGUCGUUUGUUGUCCUGAUCAAACUUUUACACCCACUGGACCCGUCAAGAGCGGGAGAUGAUGACAAACCAUUGCGUAGAGUGAAAACUGUUCUACAUGAACUUGUUACACUUCGUGGGACUGCAAUAAAUGGUCAUCUUUAUAUGGUUCCAAUGGACAUGGAACCCCAACCCAUUAUUCUUGCCUACAUUGAUCUUUAUCUUCAGCAAGAACUGGCUGCAAUAUUUAAGAAAAUUGGUGACAAGCAAACAUGCAUCAUUGGUCUUUAUGAACUUUAUCGGAUCACCCAAUUAUAUCCCAAGGUUGAUAUAUUUUCUCAGUUGCAAAAUGCUAGUGUGGCAUUUCGAACAUACAUUAGAGACGGUUUAGCCAAGGUCUGCAUUAAUAUGCUCAACAGUACAAUUUUGCAUUAAUAUGAAUAUUAUAUGCUUAUGAGUUGCUGCCAUUCACCUCUAUUGCUGAUGGAGAAGAAUGCAGCUGCUGGAAGGACGUCUUCAAGUUUACCUUUGUCAACCCUCCCUCGGCUGCCCUAAACUUUUCUUCCCCAAAAUUUAUGCCUUUGUCACCUGUAAAUACAAACCCAUUGAAUAAUGCAAACUCUAUGAACACUAAAGUUGAACCCACAAAUUUUAUGUUACCCACAUCUUAUGCUGAAGAUGACAGGUUGCUAAUGCCAUCACUUUAAGAGGUCCAUUAUCUGAUCAGUUCGAACUACGACAGCAUUUGGGGGAGCAAAGAAAUGACAGAUUCCAAUCUGGAGUUACCAGUGGAACAUUAGAUGCAAUAAGAGAAAGGAUGAAGAGUAUCCAGUUUGCAGCCGCUGCUGGGAACCCUGAAUCUGGAAACAGGUCUUUGAUAACCAUGAGUAGCAAUGUAACCCAUGGACUGCCGAGUCAGUUUCCUCUGGCCACAUAACGAGAUAGUACAGAGACUCCUAUGCAGAGUAGGGUUCUUCCUAUGGAUGGGAAGGCGUUAUCAGGGUUGCAAGCAAGGAUGCAGAGGCUCAAAAGUGGGUCAAUCAAACCUCUUUAGGAAGGCGAGCUGUUGGACAUGACUAAGUGCGAUUCAUUGUACAUCCUCGUAUACCCGUGCCACAUUUGUGUAAAUGAAGAGGCGCACCCUGGCUAUGAUUAUGAAGCAGUCGCCGGUAUCUAUACAUACUAUGCAUUCUCGGAAGCUUGUAUCCUCCCUCAAUUUUGUAGCAGAGGUGUGAUGUGGAGUUGUUCGGCCAGAGUGCAAAUGAUAUUAUGUGGUGUAUUCACCUGUGUUCAACAAUGGCAAUUGUGUAUCAUAGUUGACACUUUUGAACUGUUUGGCAAUUAUGUCUGCCAUCUAGUUUAAGAAUUUUUGGACGUGUUUAUAAAAAUUGCCAUUGAGUUUUCAUAUGGUGGUGUAGUGACUUCCCAGAUAAAAAAAAAGGGGAGGGGGGGGGGGGGGGGGAUAUUAGGAUUCCGUGUCAUUCCCCUUUCUCCUUUUUGAUUAGUUGUUUGAGAGGGGUUCUGUUUAGUGAUCUUGGGUUUAUAUGAGAAGCAUGAAUAAUGUGCCAAGGUCAUGGGAGACUGAUCAUUUCUAG